AUGGCAACCGCCGCGGCGACACAACCAAGUGGAGGGGGUGGGAACGCGACGUUCAGGGACAAGGAGAAGCCCCUGGCCGUUCGAUCUUCGAAUAUCGUCGCCGCACGAGCUGUCGCCGAUGCCAUCAGAACGUCGCUGGGCCCGCGGGGUAUGGACAAGAUGAUUCGGAGCGGCAAGGGCGAGACUAUUAUCACCAACGACGGCAGCACAAUGCUCAAGAGCAUGUCGGUCAUGCACCCCACAGCCAAGAUGCUCGUCCAGCUGUCGAACGCUCAGGACGUCGAAGCCGGCGAUGGUACUACCUCGGUUGUGGUUAUCUGCGGUAGCCUCCUAGGAGCUGCCGACAGGUUACUCUCAAAGGGUAUCCACCCUUCUGUCAUCUCCGAGUCGUUCCAACGCGCCGCCGCCGCCGCCGUCGAGGUGCUCCACGACAUGUCGCAGCCGAUCUCCCUCACAGAUACCUCCGCGCUCCUCCAGGCCGCCAACACGUCCCUCUCCUCCAAGAUCGUCUCCCAAUACUCGAACCUCCUUGGGCCCAUGGCCGUUAACGCCGUGACCAAGACGAUAGAUCUCAAGACGGCCGACAAUGUCGACCUCAAGAACAUUCGCAUCAUCAAGAAGGUUGGCGGGACGAUAGAAGAUAGCGAGUUGGUGGACGGCCUCGUCUUAACACAGCCCGUUAUCAAGAGCGCGGGAGGGCCAGUACGGAUGGAGAAGGCCAAGAUCGGUCUGAUCCAGUUCCAGCUUAGCCCACCCAAGCCAGAUAUGGAAAACACUAUUUCAGUCAACGACUACCGCCAAAUGGACAAGAUCGUCAAGGAGGAGCGCAUGUACCUGCUCAACAUGGUCAAGAAGAUCAAGAAGGCCAAGUGCAACGUGCUCUUGAUCCAAAAAUCCAUCCUCCGUGACGCUGUCAACGACCUCUCCCUGCACUUCCUCCAACGCUUGGGCAUCCUCGCCGUCAAGGACAUCGAGCGCGACGAGGUCGAGUUCAUCUGCAAGUCCACCGGCUGCAAGCCCAUCGCCGACAUCGACAGCUUCACCGAGGACAAGCUCGGCACGGCCGACCUCGUCGAAGAAGUCCAGAGCUCCGGCAGCCGCAUGGUCAAGGUAACGGGCGCCAAGGCCACCGGUAAGACCGUGUCGGUCGUCGUGCGCGGCGCCAACAGCCUGAUCCUCGACGAGGCCGAGCGCUCGCUGCACGACGCCCUCUGCGUCGUCCGCUGCCUGGUCAAGAAGAAGGCCCUCAUCGCCGGCGGUGGCGCGGCCGAGAUCGAGAUCGCCUCACAGCUCAGCAAGCAGGCGCGCGCGCUCACGGGCACCGAGGCGAUCUGCUGGAAGGCGUUCGCCGAGGCCCUCGAGGUUGUGCCGACCACGCUGGCCGAGAACGCCGGGCUCAACAGCAUCAAGGUCGUGACCGACCUGCGCCAUCGCCACGAGCUGGGCGAGCGCAACGCCGGCGUCAGUAUCAAGAGCAGCGGCGUUAAUGCCAACAUUGCGAAGGAGAAUGUUCUGCAGCCGUUGCUGGUCAGUACCAGCGCGAUUGAGUUGGCGGCUGAGACUGUGAAGAUGAUUUUGCGCAUUGAUGAUAUUGCCCUGAGCAGGUAA